CCACACACACACGCACACACACCAUUGAUCAAUAUUUGGCUGUCUUGCUGCAACUUGCUGCAGUCUUUUAAAGGAGUAGUAGAGCGAGAGAGGGAGAGAGAAAGGGAAACUGACAGGAAGGGGUAAGGAGCUACACAUGUCACAUGUGCUUUCUAAGACGGCCAGGAGCAUCUGCAGGCUGGAUCUGGUGGAGGAUGCUGCGGCAGGUGAUACACAGAGGGCUCCAGUCGUUUUUCUACAAGCUGGGCUUAUUCGUGAGCAGGCAUCCGGUGUUUUUCCUCACUGUGCCCGCAGUCCUGACCAUCAUCUUCGGCUUCAGCCUGCUCAACCGCUUCCAGCCUGACACUGACCUGGAGAGCCUGGUAGCCCCCAGCCACAGCCUGGCCAAGAUCGAGAGGAGCUUAGCCAGCAGCCUUUUCUCCCUCGAUCAAUCCAAAAGCCAGCUGUAUUCGGACUUGCACACCCCGGGGAGGUAUGGCAGGGUGAUUCUCCUCUCCAAACCCGGAGGCAAUAUUUUGCAUCAGGCUGAUGUGAUCCUGCAGAUCCACCGAGCCGUGCUGGAAAUGAAGGUGAACUACAAAGGCUAUAAUUAUACUUUUUCCCAUCUGUGUGUAUUGAGAAAUCAGGAUAAGAAAUGCGUGCUGGAUGAUAUUAUUUCAGUGCUAGAGGAUCUGAGGCAGGCUGCCCUCUCCAAUAAGACAACAGCCAGGGUGCAAGUGAGCUAUCCCAACACUAAAUUAAAGGAUGGAAGGAGCAGUUUUAUUGGCCACCAGCUCGGAGGGGUCAUGGAAGUGCCCAACAGCAAGGACCAGAGAGUCAAAUCGGCCAGAGCCAUCCAAAUCACUUACUACCUCCAAACGUAUGGCUCUGUCACCCAGGACCUCAUUGGGGAGAAGUGGGAGAGUGAAUUCUGUAAACUGAUGCACAAGAUGCAGCUGGAUCACCAAGAUCUGCAGCUCUACUCACUAGCGUCCUUCAGCCUCUGGAAGGACUUCCACCACACCAGUCUCUUGGCCAGGGGCAAGAUUUUGGUGAGCCUGAUGCUGAUCCUCCUGACUGCUACCCUCUCGAGCUCCAUGAAGGACUGCCUGCGUAGCAAACCUUUCCUGGGACUCUUGGGAGUACUCACUAUCUGUAUUUCCAGUGUCACUGCGGCAGGGAUAUUUUUCAUUACUGAUGGAAAAUAUAAUUCUACUCUGUUGGGAAUCCCUUUCUUCGCUAUGGGUCAUGGAACCAAAGGAGUAUUUGAACUUCUUUCAGGAUGGCGUCGAACCAGAGAGAAUCUGCCAUUCAAGGACAGAGUAGCAGAUGCCUACUCAGAUGUCAUGGUCUCCUAUACAAUGACAAGCUCCUUGUAUUUCAUAGCCUUCGGCAUGGGUGCAAGCCCUUUCACCAACAUUGAAGCUGUAAAAGUCUUUUGCCAGAACAUGUGUGUCUCGAUCCUGUUAAACUAUUUCUAUAUCUUCUCCUUCUUCGGCUCCUGUUUGGUCUUUGCUGGCCAGUUGGAGCAGAAUCGUUAUCACAGCAUCUUCUGCUGUAAAAUCCCUUCAGCAGAAUACCUGGACCGGAAACCUGUGUGGUUCCAGACCAUGAUGAACGAUGGUCAUCAGCAUACUUCUCAUCAUGAGACCAACCCGUACCAGCAUCACUUUAUCCAGCAUUUCCUCCGAGAGCAUUACAAUGAGUGGAUUACCAACAUCUAUGUCAAACCAUUUGUGGUGAUACUGUAUCUCAUCUAUGCCUCUUUCUCCUUCAUGGGGUGCUUACAGAUUAACGAUGGAGCCAACAUUAUCAACCUUCUUGCCAGUGAGUCUCCAAGUGUAUCCUAUGCCCUCAUACAGCAAAAGUAUUUCAGCAACUACAGCCCAGUGAUAGGUUUCUAUAUUUAUGAACCUCUGGAGUACUGGAAUGGCACUGUGCAAGAAGACCUAAAAACACUGAGCCAGGGGUUCAACACAGUGUCCUGGAUUGAACAGUAUUACCAGUACCUUCGAGUGGGUAACAUUAGUGCAACCAACAAAAGCGACUUUAUCAGUAUCCUCCAGAGCUCCUUUUUAAAAAAGCCAGAAUUCCAGCACUUCAAAAAUGACAUCAUUUUCUCCAAAGCUGGAGACGAGAACAACAUUAUUGCUUCUCGUUUGUACCUGGUGGCCAGGACUAGUGAAAACACACAGAGGGAGGCAGUGGAAUUGUUGGAGAAGCUGAGACCUCUCUCUCUUAUACAGAGCAUCAAGUUCAUUGUGUUCAAUCCUACCUUUGUUUUCAUGGACCACUAUGGUUUAUCAGUAACUAUGCCUGUCCUGAUUUCUGGUUUUGGCAUCCUGCUGGUGUUAAUACUGACCUUUUUCCUGGUUAUCCACCCUCUGGGAAAUUUCUGGUUAAUUCUCAGUGUCACCUCAAUAGAGCUGGGUGUCCUUGGCUUGAUGACCUUAUGGAAUGUAGACAUGGAUUGCAUUUCUAUACUGUGCCUUAUCUACACUUUGAAUUUUGCCAUAGAUCACUGUGCACCCCUGCUUUAUACAUUUGUACUAGCAACUGAGCACACCCGAACUCAGUGUAUAAAGAACUCCCUCCAAGAGCAUGGGACAGCCAUUUUGCAGAACAUUUCUUCUUUUCUUAUUGGGUUGGUCCCCCUUCUCUUUGUGCCUUCAAACUUGACCUUCACACUGUUCAAAUGCUUGCUGCUUGCCGGCAGUUGCACACUUCUGCACUGUUUUGUUAUUUUGCCUGUCUUCCUAACCUUUUUCCCACCUUCCAAAAAGCACCACAAGAAAAAGAAACGAGCCAAAAGAAAGGAACGAGAAGAGAUCGAAUGCAUAGAAAUUCAGGAGAAUCCUGAUCAUGUGACAGCAGUCUGAAAGGCUCAGAAAUCAUAAUAUUUCCUCUUUUUAAAAAAGCGUUGCACAGAGAUGCAGGGAAAAUAGAGCAAAGAUCUCAGCUGCUUGUGCUGGCCAGGUCUGACAAGGCAAAGGAAGAUCAAGAAGGGGUAUUCAUGACACAUCAAGGUGCAAACUUUUUUUAACAAAAAUAAUGAAAGUACAAAUAACCACAAAUAUUUCCUUUGAAUCCUCAUUCUCCACCAGGGAAGAGUCUAUUGGCCAUUAAAUGUUCCUGAAUCUCAAACUGUAGCUCUAAUGGGAAUUACCUGAUCUGUCAUAAUUAAGACUGAAGCAAAGUUGAAAAGAAAAGUUACCACUAAGCAAACAGUAGUGAAAAAAGACAGAAUACUUUGAUAAAAUUGUCCACAAAAAAACAAACAAAACAUUGCAAUUGAGAAAAUGGAACAAAACCAAGAGAUUUAAAAAUGCCAUGUAUUUUUUUUCUUAUUUUCUUGAGCAAGUUGUUUAAGAUAAAACCUAUGCACUUGGGAAGUCGAUGUUUAAAUCAAUCUAAGCCAAAGUACUUCCCAAUUUCAAUAUAUCAUGUAUAUCUACAACACCACAGUUCAAGUUAGUGUGAAUUUAGAUGGCAAAGCUGUACUGCCAAGGGAGAGAGGUAUUGUUUAUAUAAGAGAAGAAAUUACCACUGACCAUUUGGAAAUUUAACAUUUAGUGUCUUUAAAACUGACACAUGCCAUUUAUCCCAAGAGGUCACAGCCGGUAGCUAUCACCAUACCUACAUUUUGGCAUUUCUGAAUUGUGAAAUUCCCCUUGAACUAGCAGAUCCCAUGAAACUAACCCAGGCCAUUACCACUGCAGCAGUAUUUGCAGUUCCUGCAGUGUAACACUUUUGAAUCCUAAUUUAUCAGUGUUGACAUUAAAUACUGAAUAUUAAUCAAGCAGGCGCUUUAAAUGUAAUGAUGGAUUGCAUAUCACAGACAUAAUGUGAUCAUGUUACAGCUGAGUCAGCUCUGGAGCACUCGCACGGUAUUAUUAUUGUGUAUUUGGUCCAACAGAUGAAGGGAUAUGUUUGCUGGUCCCUGCAAUAUGCUGCAGGAAGUGGGAUUUUCCCCUUCCUUAAGAAAAACAUCAGUCAAAUACUUGCAACAUUAAAAAGAAAAAAAAAAAAAAAAAACAGGUUUGCAUGGGGCUGAAGAAACCCCUAGCUGUAAAAAAGAUCAGUCCCCUGUGGGAAGGGGAGGGGAGGGCAGAAUGUCUUUAUUAUUAUUACUCCUAAAUAUCUGAGUGUUGAUUGUCUGCAACGUAAAGCUUUGCUCUGGCAGUUGAAAUUUCACAGAAGAGUGCAGAAAAUCCACAGUUACUAUGUGACACUAGAAAUUGUACUGUAAAGAACUAUGAAUGACUUUCUCUGCUAUACAGCAUAGUAGCCCAAGAGAAGGGAUGAAAACCAGUUUAGCCAUUUCAGUUUGCUCUUGGCCCAGUUCAGCACUGGAGCUCGCCAUGUCCAUCUCCCCUUUCAGUAUUUUAAAAGGGCUUGCUUUCUACUCUCUGGAAUAUGGUAUAGCAUCACCUACAUGAGCAAUGUCUUCCUGAAUAUAUAGUAUCCAUGAGGACACUAUGUAAAGAUAUCACUAUAUGGAGUGUUUAUAUCUACUUUGUAUUACUUGUGGGUACCUUUAAAAGACAUCUGGAAGCAGUUUGCUUUCCAAAAUGUGUGUACGUGUUUGUUUGUGGCUGGUUAACUGAGUCUCAGACAUGCAGAGUUUGCUGACGAGAGUAUGUACAUAUGUUUCACUAAAAAAAUCUCUGCAAGAAGUUGAUUCUUUGUUCUGUGACAUCUCCCACCUCUUUCUACUGCUUCAUGGUUAGGGAGAGCCAGACAAAAUUCACCUGCAGCACAAAAAGCCAUGUGAAUGUCAGUUCUAAUGUUCAUUAACUGCUUCUGUUUUCAAGAUAUGCAGUCUUUCUCUUCUCUGUCUUUUCUGUACUUUGCCAUUACCAUUUGCCAAAAAAUGACCUCUGUGUUAUAGGAGUGGUCAAAGCUCUUGAUUGUUCAAGGGACAUUUUAUGUGCAACAAGUUUUAGAGAAAGGUAAACUUCCUAGAUAGGCAAAGCUUCCAAAGUUUGAAUCCAGACCUAAACUUCAGGUGUAUCUAGAUCAAGGUUAUUGUUUUGACCCAAGAUAUUCAAGGGUCAGCUGCAAAACUGAGGUCUAAAUAGUUUGGUAAGAUUUAAGAGCGGGGAAGUUUUAAUGUUGGGUUAUGGCUUAUAUGUGUCUCUAGUUGGGAAGUAUUUACUGACUUUGAUCUGCAUCUCAAAGACAUUGUGCAAUAUCCACCUUUUCAGAACAGUUGGUUCUGAAUGUCAAGGCUUCUAUACCUUUUCUUACAUUCCUCCACUGUCCAUACAAAACUGGACUAUCGUAGCACACCUAUGACCCCUGUGUAUCACUUCUGAAGGUGUCCUUUUUCCCACCUGCUCUGUGUGUCACAAUGGAAGUUAUUGGUCUUCUCUUGUACCACAGAGAUGUAUCCCAGGGAUCUCUGUCAUGCAUUGUUUUGAAGAAAAUAACUUUUUCCAAAGCCAUCAAAGCAGGGAUUCAUCUCAUCUAACUGUGGAUGUUAACAAUGUAGAUAUUAAUAUCUAAGCUUCCUUUAUGGACAUAAGAGGGGGACAGAUACCUCUCAUCUUUUUUACAUCUGUUCAUUAGGAGUAAAUGAAUCACACUUUUAAAAUGCCUGUGUCUGACUAUUGGUGGUAAAGGAAGCUCAGAGCAAUUCAGACACAGAUAUCAGCAAUGCCAACGCAUCUAAGUUUGGUGAGAUUAACCCCACCUAAAAUAUCCAAACAUCAAGUGAAAGAAAAAAGAAAAAGCCUUAGAAAAUUGCCUUCCAAGAGUCUAUUUUAGGGAUAAUUCCCUGGUGUAACUCACCUCAAAAUUUAUGUUUGGCUUAUGAGGCCUUUAUGCAAAACAGAGCUUAUACAAUUGCCAGGGAGAAUAGUGAGCUAAGAAAUCAGGAGAUGUUAAUAUUGAGGGUGGGCUCACACAAAUGAGCUAGAGUAUAAUGAGAUGUCAAACCAGUUUCUCUCUCAGUACCAUACAUGUGCAGUAGGAGACACAAAAUGCACAGAAUGUACUCUGGGACUAGGAGUUUUUUAUUUCGAUGUCAAUGCAGGAAUGGAGCAAAAAAUCAAUCAGAUCUUCCAUGGAUGUCAUUUUGUUACUUUAGUUACCAACCAUUUUCCAGACCUACCAGGAAAGACCAUUGCAGCUGUUACUUCUGCAGAUAUGUCAGUCUCCGUGGACCAAGGAAAACUUCUCAAGCUAAAAAAGUGAUUAUUUUUUUCUAUAAUUCAGCCACACCAGAACAAUUUGGGGAUGGGGAGUCCCUAUUUUUUAGUGUCUUCUCCUAUUUUUUGCUUGUUUUGCUUUCAGUAUUUUUCAAUAAUUUUGACCCGUUUCUGCAGCCUCAUGGCACAUGUUCAGCUCAGCUGGAGCUACAUAUGUAUGUGUGAACAUAGGACAUAGCCCACACACCUAAACAAUGUGACACUCUCAUCUAUGCUGCAUAUUGGAUCUUCAUUAUACUUUUUUUUAAACCAGUUUCCAUAAGUUCCCUGGGAUGGUGUACAUCUUCCUUUAAUGUCUGUUUAUAUAUAUAUAUAUAUAUAUUCUACAUAAGCUGGCAAGAGUUCUGUGUGAUUUUCCUACUUUGUUUGGUUUCAUUCCCUCACUGUUAGUUUAAGUUCACUGUUGAGAUAACUCUGUUGAAGUCAACAGGUUUAUUUCCAUGAUAUAUAUGGCUUUGCAUGUUUUCUAUCCAGCAAGAAGUGAAACCAUGACAAAUGAACCUCUUCAUUGUUGAUAUGCUUGUUGAAUAAUGUAUCUGUCUAUACUAUAUAGCCAUUGUUGCAUGCUGCAUUCAGGAGGCUGGAGUGGAGGUGUCUUGUAGUUUUUUCCAUUACACUUUUCCAUACUGGCUGUUUUAACUGUAACUAACCAACUCCUGUCUUUUUUGUUAGAAUUAGGGUUUUACCUCUGUAGUCCAGUACUUGAAGUUUCAUGAAUUUAUUGCCUAACAAAUCUACGUACUUUUUAUGGUCAAGAUAGGUGUGAAUGCAUGGCACCUUGCAUGUAUAAUGUAGAGAUUACCUUCAGGACUAUCAUUCUCAGCCUUUUAACUCAAAAACUUCCUGUGUAGGAUGUAACCUGCUACAUGCUAACAUCUAUCUGAGUUCAGCUGAGCAACUCUAGUUUCAAAAUUUUCUUCAGUGGGAAAGAAAGGAACUAGGGGGGAAGGAAGAAAUAUGAAGUAAAGUAGUUGCAUAAUCAGCAUUAUUUUUUUACCUAAAAGGCUCUCACUGCUCUGCUCUUAAUUAAGUCACACUGAGUAGUGACUCAAGCAUAAUUAAGAUUUAUUUCAAUGGAGUUAUUCCAUAUUUCACUAUGACAAGAACUUGGCUUAUUGUCCUUAAGGAAGCACAAUGCUAAGUCUCUUAGAUUAAUUUUUUUUUGUAAUUAUAGACUUUAAUAACUUGUUUUUCGUUGCAACGCUAGGUUUUUGAGUACCUCAAGCUCUCAUUUGAAGACCUAGGAAAUACUAAAAAGAAGCAAAGCUAGGCAGUCAGUGAACAAGAGACAUGUUAGGGAAAAGGGUACUUCACAGAGAGGCAGUGUAUCCUUCAACAAAGCUCUAAAUAAAAAAUGAUGUUAAGACUGUCUCAGAAGUAUGUUACUGUGAUGGAAAUCCCCAGGUUAAAGUGAAGUGGAAACCAAGUGAAGCAUGUUGUGUGGAGAAUAAUGUAAUCAGAUUAUAGACAGUCAAAACUUUGAUUCUUGGCCUAUAUAAUCUUACUCAAACAAGAAGACAUUUGAACUGGGAAGGAGACUGAAUAUGGAAAGAAGCUCAUCCAUCACCCAAAAUGUUUCUUUUCACCAUAGACUUGCAUAAAGGAAAAUCAUAAACCAAGUGAGUGGGCCUCUCUAUAACCUGUUUUCCACUUGCACCAAAGAAGGGAUCACAUAUUGGGUUUCACAACCCCUUGGGAAGAAAAUUCAAAGCUGCUUCUUUACGUGAUACAGUUGUGAAUGAGAACUGGAAGAUUCACACCAUGUUGCAAGAGCACGUUCCAUGCCCUCAUUGUUCGUUCUCUUCUUUCUUCAGCAGCACUACAGUCUCCUGGAGGUACCUGCCUGGCAGAGUUCCUGCAUUUCCCCAGGAGUAAUCUGGAAUUCGUCAUCACAGCAGCACACAGGCAAACACCUCACACCACGACAUUUUCAGGGCUUUUUUAGAGGUAUUCUUUGAGAGAUCCCCACUUCUCACUGCAGAGCCCCUAAAAAAAUCCCACCUGCCCGACACUGGAGAGGUGCACUUCUUCUUCUGACACAACAGUCAGGAAGUUUUGGGGAAGAUUUUCAUCUUAAUCCACAAGGCUUUCUUUUACCCAUGUGUUUCAACCUCCUUCAUGGCUUAAAAGCAAACGAUCCAAUGUGAAAUUUAGAUGUUCAUCCUACCUAUAGUAGUGUGCAAUGUUGCUUAUCAACAAAGUUUGAUGUGGGUAGUUAUUUUUCGGCACAAACAUAGGGAUCUGACCUCCUUGCCCAGACCCCGAGACAAAAUCUUGCUGAAAACAAAGAAGGAUGAAACAGUUUCAAACUUCAUCUUUCCUUGGAUUCUUUGUCUCCUCUCUGUCAUACCAAUGUGCCUGCACCACUACUCAUGUUUUCUUCCUGCUUCCUCAUUAGAAAAAGUAAAGUUUCUCCUUCUCACUCCCUGAGGCUGUCUUUCCUUUGCAGCUCAACUUAUUUUGUACUUUAAUCUUCCAUGUGAGCUCUCGACCUCUUCAAAAUUUUCUUUUUUCUUUCUUUUUUUUUUUUUUUCUUUUUUAAACUCUGAGACCAUAACCCUGUUGAAAUAAAUGGGAGAUGCUUGGAUGCAUCAAAGUGCAGAGUCUGGUACAGAAGCAGCUAAUUUAUAACAGCACUCAAAUAGCUCAAAACUUUCAUCAGACAGAAAAUUGUCUGUAAGAAAACUCAGAAAAUAAUUAAGCUUAAUUUUUUCUGCACUUUUUAUCUCAUAAAAUUCUAUUAUUUGUGUUCUUUUUACGGUAGGCAUUACU